GAAUUGUUGGAUCACGUUCAAACAUUUUUCAGUUCAUUCUUCUUAUAAUAGGUUUUUUAGUGUAUUUCUAUUUCAUCCGGAAAAUAUUUUGAAAACUAGUUGAAAAAGUUGAUCUCUUGUUAUUGCCCUUUAUAUAUCAUCUUAUAUAUAUGCUCCAUUUUGCUGAUUUUAUUUAUUAUCCAUAACAAUACUACUUUCUAUUUGUGUUAGAUAUAAAUAGGUCUGAAUUACUCCAAAGGAGUUUUAUACUCUGGAAGAAUCUAUGCCUAAAAAUAAAUCAUUUCACGUUUGAUUAUACAUAGGUAGAAGGAUUUUAGUUUCUUAAUCCUGAUGAUCUCUGAGUUAUCAUAAUUCUUUCAAAAAAUGGAUGAAAUAUAUGAAAUUUCUCAGAAUGACACUUUUAACAGUUUUGCUUAGGUACUUAACAGCUGCUCGUUUCAUAAAACAAGGUGAACUCAUCCUGAAAGAAAAACCACUACUGGUUGAUUCAUACCGAGGAAACAGGAAUUUCUGCCUGAAAUGUUGCACCUACAUAAAAUCUAAUCAUUUCGAAAUUUGUGAUCAAUGUAAAGUUGCCAUACUUUGCAGGACGGAUUGCGAUGGCGAAUUUCACUCGGAAGGUGAAUGCAGAGAGCUGGGAGGAUUGAAUUUGAAACCAUCCUUUCUGGUGAAAAAUCACGAAGUCAUAACAGUGCUGAGGUUACUUUUAAAAAGAAAAUACUCCAAACAAGAAUGGGAUGAAAUUAAUCAAUUGGAAUCGCACUUAGAAGACCGAAGAAAUACUCCCAUAUGGCAAAACUGUGAAAAUCUUGUGGAGAAAGUUAUGAAAAAAGCCGAUAUACUUUCUGACGAUGAUGAAAAAAAUGAAAUUGUUCAAAAACUUUGUGGGAUUCUGGAUGUGAAUACUUUCGAAAUAAGACCACCUCGCGAUAAAUCUGAGAUUGUCGUGCACCCUUCAGAAAUGGAGGCCUUGAGGGGGUUAUAUCCGAGGGCAGCUCUUAUGGCUCAUGAUUGUUUAUCAAAUACCCAUUUAGCAGUAGAUAACGACUUCGUACUCUACAUUCAUGCCAGUGUCGAUAUAGAAAUAUCUACUCCUAUUUUCUUCAACUAUGCAAACGUUUUAGAUGGAAACGUUGAAAGGAAUAAAUGCCUAACACAGGGAAAAUAUUUCGAGUGUACCUGUAAAAGAUGUAUGGAUCCAACUGAAUUGAACACUAACAUUAGUUCUCUGCGAUGUCACAGUUGUAGAAAAGGGUUUAUCCAGCCCCGAAAAAGUGAUGAGAAAAAAGUGGGUUGGUCUUGCACUUUUUGCAAGAAGAACUUCCAUAAUUCUUUGGUAGAAACAACCCUCAAUUUAGCCAAAGAUUUAAUACAAUGUGCAGGUCAGAGUUAUGUGAAAGACUUGGAAAAAGUCAACAUGAAGCUACUGCAAACUCUUCAUCCUCAACAUUAUUUAAUGCUAGAAUUACAACAAAUCCUUAUGGGAUUGUAUACGCAAGAUGUUCCUAGCAGAAAAAACUUGACUAGAAAAAUCGAAUCAUGUCAAAAUGUGAUUGCAGUUGUUCGAAUACUGGAGCCGGGAAUUUCAAGAAUUCUAGGCAUAACCCUCUACGAGCUUCACGCAGCCAAAGCAAAUCUGGCAUACAAAGACUAUUCAGAAAACGAAAUUACUUCUGAAACUCUGUUAGAUCAUUUGUUAUCAGCUGAAGAACUACUAAAAUCUUCCCUCAAACACCUGUUGUACGAACCAAGAAACAGUCCCGAAGGUUUUCUCGCACAAAACGCUUUAGGUUAUCUCAAGAAGUUGAGAGAAUCUAUAAGUAAUAUAAAACAGCAGGUGGUAAUGGAAACGAAUGUACAGCAAUCUUUUAGAAAGAAAAGAAAUAAAAAUUAACGAUUUAA